AUGGAGGCUUCUAUGAAAGAACAUAGGGGAAUAGUUUGUUCAAUUUAAAUUAAAAAAAAUAAUGAAUAAGCCGUUUCUGCAAGUGCAGAUGGAUCAUGCAUUAUUUGGGAUUUAGAAAGCUUUACUAGAGUUAUGUGUUUGUUUGAAUCGACUCUUUUUAAAUAAGUCGUUUAUCAUCCAGAAGAGUCAUAACUAUUAACUACAGGUUCAAAUAAGAUAAUUAGUUAUUGGGUAAUUUUCGAUGAGUAAGCUAUUAGAAUGCUUGAUGGGUCAGACGAAGGAGAAAUUAAUGCUCUUGCGAUUACUAAGAAAGGCAAUUAUUUUGUUUCAGGAGGAGAAAAUAAAGUUGUUAAGUUAUGGGGAUAUGAUGAAGGGAUUAAUUAUUAUAUUGGAAUCUGA